UAGUAAACAACAGACGCGCAGGUUAGCAAAUAGAGAAUUUGUUCCAGAAAGAAAGCGGGUUGGAUUCGAAAUAGUCGCGUAGUUUUCCUCGUCUUCACUUGGAAAAAGCCGACACUUCUCCAAAAAAUAUAUACAGUAGAAAAGUGGACAGUGCGUACGUUAGCGGCAAUCAUCAGACACCUUCCUUCUUGGCGCAUUUUAGCCUCCUGUCUGUUACCACCUCUCUCCUUUUUUUUUCCCCUGACCUUCAAGCUCUAAUCUCUAAUCUUCGCCAUUGUCGAGCAUCUUGGAAGCUGAUUCUCUCAUUUCUAUUUACAGAGCAAUUGACAUAGCAGAAAUUUGUAUUUUCUAAUUCAAUUUUGGAGAGGUGGUUUAAAAUAACCAGUGGAAAUGUCAAUGCGGGGUCGACACCUCGAUGCUUAUUCUAUGUACAAGCGCGGUACCAGAGAGCAUGGAUUCGAUGCCCUUGAUAAAGAGCAAGGUCCAGGUACUCUUUAUUAGUUUCAAUAGUAUUAAGUUUGACAGUUUGCUGAAUCUUUUUAUGGGCUUUUGAGAACGUUUGCUGAAUGGAAUGGGCAAGGAUGUUGGAGUCCCUUCUUGGAAGCAUUCACUCCGGCAUGUACUCGUGGCAACAUUAUCUUCCUUCCUCUAUGGUUAUCAUCUUGGAGUAGUUAAUGAAACACUAGAAAGUAUUUCACGUGACCUUGGUUUUCAUGGGAAUACCAUGGCUGAAGGUCUGGUUGUAAGUACAUGUUUAGGGGGUGCCUUUGUUGGAUCGCUGUUCAGUGGUUUGAUUGCAGACGGAGUUGGGCGUCGCAGGGCACUCCAGCUAUGUGCUUUGCCUAUGAUAAUUGGGGCUUCAAUGAGUGCAGCAGCAAAAAGCCUUUGGGCCAUGCUUCUGGGGAGGUUAUUUGUGGGGACUGGAAUGGGUAUUGGCCCAGCUGUGGCAGCUCUUUAUGUGACAGAGGUUUCUCCAGCUUAUGUAAGAGGUACAUAUGGAAGCUUCACUCAAAUUGCAACAGGCCUAGGAUUGAUGGGCUCUCUAUUUAUUGGAUUCCCUGCUAAGGCAAUCGAGGGUUGGUGGCGCAUAUGUUUCUGGGCAUCUGUUGCUCCUGCUGCUAUACUUGCUCUUUUUAUGGAGUUUUCUGUAGAGAGUCCCCAUUGGCUUUUUAAGAGAGGAAGAGCUGCUGAUGCUGAAGCUGAGUUUGAAAAACUUUUGGGAGGACCAUAUGUCAAAAGUGCAAUGGCUGAAUUGUCAAAGUCAGACAGAGGGGAUGAGGCAGAUACAUUCAAGUUCUCAGAGCUACUUUAUGGCCAUCAUCGUAAAGUUGUUUUCAUUGGGUCUACCCUUUUUGCUUUACAACAGCUCUCUGGUAUAAAUGCUGUUUUCUAUUUCUCGUCAACUGUCUUUGAAACUGCUGGCGUACCUUCAGAGUCUGCAAACAUGUGUGUGGGAAUUGCCAAUUUGUUAGGAUCAUUUGUUGCAAUGAUUUUGAUGGAUAGACUGGGAAGGAAGGUACUUCUCAUUGGAAGCUUUUCAGGCAUGGUAGUGGCAAUGUUUCUUCAGAUAACUUCAGCUACUUCCUUAGUCUCAAGAGGCAGUGGAGUUUAUCUCUCUGUUGGAGGCAUGCUUUUGUUUGUCUUGACCUUCGCUAUUGGAGCUGGACCAGUCCCUAGUAUCCUACUAUCAGAAAUGUUUCCUGGUCGGGUUAGGGCAAAUGCAGUGUCAGUUUGCAUGGCUUUCCAUUGGAUUGUAAAUUUCUUUGUCGGGCUGUUCUUUUUGCGGUUACUGGAACAGAUUGGACCAUUAGUCCUGAAUUCAAUUUUCGGUGCCUUUUGUCUGCUGGCAGUACUUUUUAUAAAGAAAAAUGUGUUGGAAACAAAAGGAAAAUCACUUCAAGAGAUUGAAAUUGCACUUCUUCCAUCAGAAUAGAGGGCGCUUCGGGAUAUAAGUAUUUCAUUGCACCAAUAUCUUCUGCCGCUAAUCCUGCCGGCUUAUCAAUCUGAAAGAUGCAGACCUUGGUAAAUGAUGUCAUAGAUGGAUCAUAGCGAAAAGAACACAUUCAUCAGGUGCUCACUCUCCUAGCCCAUGUAACUCUAAGAGAAAUUAUUUUAUUGUUUCCUUGAAUACUGAAUUACUACAUUUCCUGGCGGAGAAAUUAAUAUAGCAUAUACGGGGAUUCACUUUGGAUGAUAUGUUUUUAACUUCUAAUCAGGAUGGAACGUCACAUUUUGAGUUGAGCACUCCGAUAUUUUUGUUGUUAAUGAAUUGCAUGGAUGGACAAUGAAUUCUGAGAAA